AUGAGCUCAGAUUUGAAUCUGCGCAAAGAACUCGGGGAGAUCGAGGACUUACCAGAUGAGGAAUCCAAUCGCGGGUUCAUCAUCGUAUGUCGUCUGUCCCUGGACUUUUAUAAUGAAAUUGAAAAUCCAACAUUGAUUGACAUAGAAGUGCAAUAUCCUGAGAAUGCUAUCGCUGACCUCACUCAGAACAACUUCAAACAUUACUUUGAAGGGAGUGAAAUUGUGGUCGCCGGACGUGUAACAGAUAAUGACUUGAAUUCAUUUACUGUGGAUGUAAAGGCAAAGGGGGCGGAUGAAUCUAAGAAAUACACUGAAAAUGCUCACGUUCAAAGCGAGGAUGAUGUGAGCAAACAACAGAAAUACAUCUUUGGUGACUUUACGGAGAGACUCUGGGCAUAUCUAACCAUACAGCAGUUAUUGGAAAAACGGCUUUAUGCAGACCCAUCAGAGAAAGCAAACCUAACAGCGCAAGCGCUUGAUCUGUCCUUGAAGUUCAAGUUUGUCACUCCUUUAACAUCAAUGGUGGUUACAAAACCAGAGGAAAAAGACAAGGAAGAAGAAACAUUAAUUGCUGAUAAAUUUGUGGACGGACAAACAUCAUCUUCGCAUGUUUCACAAAGUCAGACGCAAAUCGUUUCAUAUAAGACAGCGCGAUUAAUUUCACAUAGUCCUCCAGCUUUUGUGGAUUCUGACCCUCAUUUUGUGAUAAAUGUUCCACAAAAGAAUGACGUACUGUGCUUCAAUAUUCAGGAGAAGCCGGGUGUGAUCCUGAACCUUAUUGAGGAUAGACAACUAGGUAUUGCAGUCAAUGGGGAACUUAUUGGAAACAAGAAAAUCAAUAAUGUCAUAUCAAAUGAAACCUAUUUUGGAAGAUUUGGAAUCGUAAACAGAGAGAUGAAGAUAGAAAUUGAGGUGACCACUGACAAAAUCAUAGUCCUGAACCAUAAAAACAAGAAAACGUUCUCAUGGCAGAAAACAGGCUCUAUAAGCAAGGAAGGGUUUAAUCUGGUGGUGAACAAAAGAAGUAAUGUGACCUUGUCAUUUGGAGAAGGAGCAACAUUUGUUAUAAUUCUGCAUGAAGUUAGGAAAGGUCACCCUCUCCACAGGGAUUUCUUAGGUUUUUAUACAUUGGAUGAUCAUACAUUUUCUAAAGGAGUCCAUGGACUGCUAGGACAAUUUUUUCAUGGAAUCAAUUAUGAAAUUUCUAAUAUUCACGAAACUGAAAAUCCUGAGAAACCGGAUGCAACAAUGAAAGUGAAGAACAAGCUGCUGACAGUGACCAGGGGUGUACAAAGAGACUACCGAAAAGAUCACAAGAAUGGCAUUAAAAUUCCCUGCUGGUUUGUGCAUUUCAAUGGAGAAGGUCUGAUUGAUGGAACCCAUACCGAUUACAUUGUACCUGAUAUUUUCAGUAUUGCUUAUUAGAAGUGAUUACUGUAGAGAUUCAAUAUGUAGAAUUGUGUUAAUUUGAGAUAUAGUGAUAUUAUGUCAGGAGAAGCUUUGGAAACCAUUUGGAAUAAAUCAAACAUUAUUGUAGGUGUUUGUCCUGGUGAAAUGUUCCCUUUAAAAGCUACGGACACCUUCAGGAAAAUAUUUUAUGAUUCCAUUUUACUCAUUUUGGGUUAAAAUCAUGUUUUCAAUUGGUCUGUAUUAAAAAUUGUAAGUAGUUUUUGUGAUACCUGUGGUUAAAAAUCAGUUUAUAUGCUGACUAUUCCUCCUGAGUUCCAUCAGCUGACUGUUCAUGUAGAGUUCUUAUCUCUGAUCUCAGAAACACUCAGUAUUAAAGACUUGGAAAAACC